AUGACAUCUACUCAGCGGAGUGAGGGAAUUAAUGCCUUUUUUGAUCAUUUUGUGAAUGCAAAUACCGAGUUACAUGAUUUUGUUAAGCAAUAUGAUAAAGCUGUUGGAGCUCGCCGAGCCGCUGAACUUGAGCAAGAUUUUAAGUCCACAAACUUUGUUCCUACAUUGAUAAUUGAACAUCCCAUUGAAAAACAAGCUAGGGAGAAUUAUACAAAGAAUAUGUUUACUAUCUUUCAGAAAGAACUCAAGGAUAGUUACUCCUUGCUUCAUGAACGGUUGUCGAAGGACGGCGCAAGUUCAACUUAUGCCGUUUGGAAUAUAGAUCGCGAGGCUGAGAGCAAGAAGAGGAUAAAGCAUCACGUUGUUUUCGAUGCAUCCAAAGAUAAAAGAAUUAAGUGCUCUUGUGCGAAAUUUGAGAUGGAAGGUAUAUUAUGUAAACAUAGCUUGCACAUUUUAGUAAAGAAGCAAGUAUUAGAAAUUCCAUCAAGAUAUAUUAUGCAACAAUGGACAAUUAAAGCAAGACAUGUUGGUUGCGGAGUUGUUAGAAAUUGCAUUUCAAAUAGUAAAGACCAACUCUCUCUCAUUAAACAUUGGGCCCUUAGGAGUAGAUGUAACAAGACACUAGAAGAUACAUUGACUUCAAGUACACUUUAUGAUAAGUUCAGUGCUUUUUUAGACUCAUUUUUUAAAGAAGUUAGUACUUACAAGAAAGAAAAGGAACAUAACAACAAUGGAAAUGAAAGUAAUGCCAGCAAUAAGAUGCCUACUUCAUCCAUACCCAUCUCUGUAGAGGAAGCAACUCAAAUCACUAUUCGUGAUCCAGAUAAACCUAUUGCCACGAAAGGAUGA